GACCCUCGGCGCGUGCUCCGUAACACAAUCGGUUCGACACCACAGACUGACCGGAACCGACCGCAGAGGUCGAUUAAUCGAUCAGCCGCUGAUCGGUUCUCUGUGAUCAACGGUGUGCGCGCGGCUCAGCUAGGCUAACUGUUAGCACGGAAGUUCUGGACGGUUCUGCUAGCUGCUGAUGCUAAGCUAACAACCUAGGAGGGUUAAAGUGCCAACUUACCGUCCACGGUGGUAGUUUCGCUCACCUGUACUGAGAAGGUGGUUCACUUCUCACCUGAGUGUAUCACUGUGGGAACUGAUCAUCACCUGUACGCAGGUGAAGUUCCACAUUAGAAAUGAACACAUGAAGAUACAGGUGUGUUAUUCUAAAGAUGCUGAUGAUCCUGGAGUAGCAGACCUGUUCGUACCUGCUCACCUGAGAUCAGGUGAACUGAGUGUCCUAAAAAAAUCAAAACCACAAACGAGGAAAAUGCGGCACACGAACCUACACCGCGGUCCCCGAAUUUGACAGAACGCCACAGACCGAGCAGCAGGGAGGGCCGGCUCUCAUCAUGGAGAAUGGACAGAGCACCACCACCAAGCUGGGGCUGCCACCGCUCACCCCCAACCAGGCGGAGGCGCUGCAGAAGGCGAAGAAGUACGCAAUGGAGCAGAGCAUCAAGAGCGUCCUCGUCAAGCAGACUCUGGCUCAGCAGCAGCAGAUCACCAACCUGCAGAUGGCGUCUCUGACGAUGGGUUUGGGCGACGCUCUGUCUCCUCUGCAAUCGGUGGCGGCUCAGCGGCAGAGAGCGCUCGCCAUCAUGUGUCGCGUGUACGUUGGAUCCAUUUACUACGAACUCGGAGAGGACACCAUCAGGCAGGCCUUCGCCCCCUUUGGACCAAUCAAAAGCAUCGACAUGUCCUGGGACUCUGUGACCAUGAAGCACAAGGGCUUCGCCUUCGUGGAAUACGAGAUGCCUGAAGCAGCGCAGCUUGCACUGGAGCAGAUGAACUCAGUUGUCCUCGGAGGACGGAACAUCAAGGUCGGGAGGCCCAGCAACAUCGGCCAGGCUCAGCCAAUCAUCGACCAGCUGGCGGAGGAAGCGCGUGCCUUCAACAGGAUCUACGUGGCGUCAGUGCACCCCGACCUCUCCGACGAUGACAUCAAGAGUGUGUUCGAGGCCUUUGGAAAGAUCAAGUCGUGCAUGCUGGCCCGCGAGCCGACCACGGGCCGGCACAAAGGCUACGGCUUCAUCGAGUAUGAGAAGGCUCAGUCGGCCCAGGACGCCGUCGCCUCCAUGAACCUGUUCGACCUGGGUGGUCAGUACCUGCGCGUGGGCAAAGCCGUGACGCCACCCAUGCCCCUUCUCACACCAACAACGUCUGGUGGACUGCCCACUGCCGCCGCCAUGGCUGCUGCCGUCGCCACCGCAAAGAUCACAGCUCAGGAGGCGGUGGGAGCAUCGGUGCUCGGAGCGCUGGCCGGACCGGCGCUCCUGUCCCAGCAGCUCGGAGGCCUCCCUCAGGCUGUCAUGGCCCACCAGGCUCCAGGUGUCAUCACAGGUGUGACCCCAGUGAGACCUGGUGUGCCUCAGGUGGGCUUGGUGAACCCUGUGCUGGCCACGCCCCCAACACAGACGGUUUCCUUUGGUGCUGAUCCAAAGAAGAAAGAGGAGGAGGAGCGUCAGCAGGAGGUGCAGCAGGACGGCGCCAUGGAGCCGCUGAGCGACCAGGAGCACAUGAGCAUCAGCGGCAGCAGCGCCCGACACAUGGUGAUGAGGAAGCUGCUGCGCAAGCAGGAGUCCACCGUCAUGGUUUUGAGGAACAUGGUCGGGCCCGAUGACAUCGACGACGACCUGGAGGGCGAGGUCACCGAGGAGUGCGGGAAGUUCGGCCAGGUGAAGCGAGUCAUUAUCUAUCAGGAGCGUCAGGGAGAGGAGGACGACGCCGAAGUCAUCGUCAAGAUCUUUGUGGAGUUCUCAGAAGCUGCCGAGAUGAACAGAGCCAUCCAGGCGCUGAACCACCGCUGGUUCGGCGGCAGGAAGGUGGUCGCUGAGGUUUACGACCAGGAACGCUUCGACAACGGGGACCUGUCGGCGUAGAGCACGCUCGUCGGGGAGCGUAGCAUAGCGGGCUCUUUCUAACUUGUCUGUUUUUCAUCGGUGUUUGUCUCCAGGGAAACGUCUCCGCGUCCUCUGCUCCAGUGUUUCUGUGCAGGGUCAAAGGACGAAGCAGCUGCUUCUCAUGUUUCAGCUGCUCGCCGCCUCGCCGUUUCUUACAGCCACUGCUUUCCUAAUACGAUGUCCUUCGUUUCCAUGGUAACAGAAACGGGACACAGAGGGCGUCAGUUAAAAAUGUACCAUGAGCUCCGUGCUAACGUUAAGAGCUCAACUGAUUUACAUGGUCUGAUAUCAGUUUGUCAGCAGUUUCAUUGAGUGAUGUCACGCUCGACUCCACCCACUGUAGAUGGUGCCAGUGGAGCCGCCCUGCUGGACAAACUGUGUAUUGACGAGUUUCAUUUACUGAAUUUUUUUUUUUUUAAAAACGGAUUUUGGAUUGGCGCGAUUAGAAACGUUGUCGAUCGCGUUCUACUAACUGCCACGCCCCUUCUCCUUAGAACACUGGGCAGGGCCGCGGCACCGACACCCUGAGAGUGAGGCGUAAAGAUUUGGUUUGAAACACACAAAAACAAUCACCAGCAGGAAGGAAAAACUGGACCUGACGUCCAGGAACCAGGACCCACAGAUCAGUAAGUUGAACAGUAACUUCCUGUCUGGGUUCUGACCCAGUUACACGGCCGCGGUGCCUUCAGGGACCUUCUGUACAAUGGUGAGCCGGCCGGAGCUGAAACAUGAAGCAACUGUGGACCAGAUGUGACGUCACCUGUGUUCUUCCAGAUGUUCAGCCUUUUGUUCACAGCCUCACAAGAGAAACACCUGGAGUCUAACAAACUGACUAAACCUGAACGCACCACAGCAUCAUCCACUCUCAGGCCGUCUCCCGCUUGUCCCGAGGAGUCACAUGAUCCCAGUCUCUGAGCAACUUUGAGCCUCAGAGGCGGUGCUGCGUUCAGGUGCUCUUCGGGGUUUGAAGGUCAAACACCGAAACUUGUGAAUAAAACUCUUUUUUUUUUUUUCUGCUGUUUUGUUUGUGUGAAGCUGCUCUCUGAUUGGUCGGCAGUUGAGUGCAAAAAUCUGUUUGAUAAUAAAAGAUAAUAGAAAGCA